CACGUUUUGUCGUAGAAACAGUUUAGUCUACCAGACAUUGUCCUCCAAACCAUGGUGGAGGGACUGACGUGCCUCGCUUGUGGCAAUGUGGAGUUUGACAACUCCGACGGCUUCUAUUACUGUCGAAGGUGUGGUUCCCAAGCCGAUGACAUCAUGGAGACGGGUGUUGCUGAUGAGGACUUCAUGAAUGUGGGCGAUGCUCGUGGUGCCAUCUACUUGUCUAGUAAUCGCCGCUCCUCACAACGCCAACACCAGCACCACUCUGUUGUCAAGACCGAACCCUUCUCCGAUAAUUUCCUCCCAUCCUCGCAUUCUCAGUCCCAGUCCCACUUCUGGAGAUCCCUCACACAAACCGACAAUCAGUACUCUAAUAAGCCCAUCAAGAGGGAGCAACCUGAUGUUGAGGAAUCGAAACCUUCUGUGCCAUAUGAUUUUGCUUCUAUCCCGACUGAUUUGGCCCCGAGCCCUGAGCAGUACUGCUCUGAGAUCAGAAUCAGAUACGUCAUGGGCAUUCAACUCAUGAUUCAGUUCCAGUGUCAGGCUCUUGUUGAUCAAUUCAGUGUCAGUCCCUUGAUUUGUGGCUUGGCUGGGGUGAUUUGGAUGCGGUUUGUUGCAGCAUCACGGGUGUUCGACGUUGGGUGGGCUGACAAAGUCAUUGAGGAUUCUGAGGUUUCUCAAAAAGAAGGUGAGUUAAAAGUUUGCAAGCCUCGUGCCAAGUAUAGUGCAGAACCCCAUAAUAUUCUUGGGCACAGAGCUGUGGUCCUUUGGUUUAGAUCUUUGAAAAGGACAAUCCCAAUAUCUUAUUCUCUUGCAGUUUCUUUUCUUGCUUGUCAUCUUGCUAGGGAGGCUAUCCUACCAACAGAUAUAUUUAAGUGGUCUCUUGAAGGGAAGCUUCCGUAUCUGUCUGCUUUUGAGGACAUCGAGAAAUGCAUUGGACACCCUUCAUUGGCUUGCCCAUUAAGUUCAAGUUUUAUGUUCAAGCCUUUAAAAGCUGUUGGCGUCCGCAAAUUAGAAUCACUGGCGGCCUCUGUUGCUCAGGCUAUUGGUCUACAACUUCCUUCUGUGAACUUCCAUGCAAUAGCGAACCGCUACCUGAAAGAGCUAUCCCUUCCAAUUGAAAAGAUUUUUCCACAUGCAUCUCGUAUUUAUGAGUGGUUGAUGCCUCCUGAAUUGUGGUUGUCAGUAAAUCAAUUUAGACUUCCAAUUCGUGUUUGUGUAAUGUCAAUAUUAAUAGUGGCAAUUAGGAUUCUGUAUAAUGUUCAGGGCUUCGGGAUGUGGGAAAAAAGUUUUUCUGGUUCGGGUAUCUCUUCUAUUUCCUGCAACCAGCUUAGAAGCUCUUCAGCAGUUCAGAAAUCUGAGUUGGACACAGAAGCACUUCUCCGUGGCCUUGAAGCAACAUAUGACAGUAUUUCUGACUCGUACGAGUACUCCAAAAACCUAAAGACAUUUCUCAAAUAUAGUAAGGAUGUUGUCUUUGCUGGGCUAGCACCAUCCUUUGAGGAUAACGAGGAAGAGAGGAUAAUAGAACAAUUAUGGGAUUUUUAUGAGAAUCAAGAGGAUUCUGAAACAUUAUCUGGAUCAGCUGUUGGAUGCAAAAACGGUUUGAACCAGAAAAGAUUGAAUGAAGGCUCUGUUAAUGGCUUGUCUGCAGAAAAUAAGAAACCCAGAGGUGAAGGAUGCAAUGACAAUACAUCCAUAGGUCACAGUAAACCCGGAGAUGAACAAGGAAUGCGAAGUCUGAAUGCUGUUGAUUGCUCUCUAUGUUCACAAGAACAAAAUUCAGUUUCUGGCGGUUGUGCUUGUGCAGGAACUCUUAAGGAUAGAGCCCUUAGACAGAUGAAAGCAAACAUGGAGGAUAACAGGUUCUUAUAUAUCCCUCCAAGGGUCAAUCUCAAAAGAUUUGAUUAUCUUCGAUAUGUGAGGAAGAACAAUGGAGGUACUAGGACUUACGCUGCCCAUGCUGAUUACUACAUUCUGCUUCGUGCUUGUGCAAGGGUUGCCCAAGUUGAUAUUCGCUAUAUGCAUGUUGAGGUUUUGAUUCUUGAGAAGUCACUAGCACAGGUUGAAAAUCGAAUUGAUCAAAGUUUGAAUUUAAGACCUCCAGAACUUGAUUCACUGGGGUCUUGAAUCAUAUGUAUUUGUUUCAGACCAUCUUCUGGUUGUUUUUGGGGAAAACAAUGAUUGCAAUCAGAUGUUCAGACUGUGGACCCACAAUUGGGCUGUUCUUGCUUCAGCUACAAUGUUCCAGUGGCCGUAUUUGUUGGCAAUGUUCAACUAGUGCUGGAAAUACUUAAU